GUCGCUUCUUCGCUCAUGAUUCAUGUGGCUGUGAGCCCUGUCAUACGCGUGUUGGGACGUCAACUAUACAGUCAUUCACACCAGAAUGAGCAGGAGAUAUGGAGAACUACAGUAAAACUCGAACCAUAGAGCAGCCAUGCAGCUGCCCAUUCACCGGUGUACCCAACGAAACACCAGAGGUUAAAGUCAAAGACGGAAGCAAAAUUCGCAACCUAAUGCGGUUUGCGCUGAGUCGCAUGGAGGAAAAACCAGCGCCAGUUGAAGGCGAGGGAGAGGGAGAGGAGAUAGAACCGAAGCGGCCCUCGGAGCAGCUAUGUCGGCAGAUCAUGUUCUCUGGAUCGGGGCCCAGCGUGUCCAAAGCCAUCACUUGCGUGGAGAUUCUGAAACGUCGAGUGCGCGGUCUGCAUCAGUACACUCAGCUUCACUACCGCAUCGUUCAGGAGAUAUGGGAGCCCUUGGUGCCCGAAGCUGGCUUGGACAGUCUGACCGUCAACAGGAAUGUGCCAGCCAUCUGGGUGCUACUCUCUAGGGAGCCCCUGGACAUUCCCCUGCCCGGAUACCAACCGCCAGGCAGCUUUGAUGCCCUCUGGGCACAGGCGACCAAGGAGGAAAUGUCAAGCCAGAGACAUGGGCAGCGGAGAAAACGAGGGGGAGGUGGUGGAGGUGGCGGAUCAGCAGGCCGCGGCAUGGGCCAGGGCAGACACGCAGGUCGCCCCAGAGAGCAACGCAGGACCAGGGGUCGUGGAGGCGGUGGGCAAGAUUAAAGGAUAACUCCAGCCGAUUUCAACAUGCAGUUGUAAUGCUCACACUACCAUGGACUUGUCAGUACCUGAGACCAGAACAGCUGGGGGCAGCUGUUUGUUUACAUUUUAAAAAAGCAUUUGUAUUUAUUCCCAAAAACAUCUGAAAGGUUAUGCAACAUCGGCAGACAACUAGUAACUAUACCUUAUGGGAUAAUAUUUGGAGUUAAGAUUUUUAAAAAUGUAAACAAAAUCUGCCCCCAUUAGAAUAGCUCAGAUCUCGGAAAGGGCUGAGCCAAAAAUGCAGCAUCACCGGGUAGCCUACUGAAAAGUCAAGGGUAGCGUGAGCAAUACAACAGCAUAUUGAAAUUGGCAGGAGUGCUCCUUUAAAGCUGGAUCGUGGACAUUCACUCGUUCUCUCGUGCAUCAUGGGAGAAAAACAUCUAAGCCAUUGUAGGCUACAUCAUGCUGUGUAUGAAUUGCACUGCACUGUGCUGCGUUAAAGAACAAGUCGACAUUCUGAACAUGGACUGACUUAGCCACACCGUACAAUAGUGUUUCAGCCGGUCUGAUGUGAACUAUGCCAUGCUCGUAUCAGUGGGCUGAAUGUCACAACCAUUUACCAGACGUGUGUUGUCAUAAGGAAAAUGAAUUGUCAGGACUCACUGAUCCAAGUUGGAACAGAUCAACAGGUGGUCAGUAUAUUUCUGGAAAGUGUAGUCCUCUAGCCCAGGGAAGGCCUUGUGUUUUUUUUAAGGGACAUUUUUGCCUUUAUUUCAAUACGACAGGUUGAGAGGUGACAGGAAAUGAGCGAGAGAGAGAGGUGGGGGGAGGAUCGAACCUGGGUCGCCGGCAUAGUAUAGUAACCCAGUGCCCUUACCCAAGGCCUUAAGUUCCACAGUAACAAGUUUAUGUUUAAGACUCAUGACUAUGAUUAGGGUGGAGGAUCCAUAAAAUCCAGGCAUCAGAUGACGAUGUCUGUUUUUUUAAGUUGUUUUCUGUGUGAUGGGUUAAUAAGAACAGUGGGAGAUGCUACUCUUGGAGUCACCUGUCUGGUUUUAUGGUUUAUGCAGAAACAGGCCAUUUGUUGUGUGAUGUUUUCACAGUCGUUUGCAAAGCAGAAGGAAAUGAACUGUUUUGAAUGACAAAUGUGAGGUGGCUGUCAGACCAAGGUACUGAGGUUGCUGGUGGUAAUAGUGACUGGUGGCUGUAGAGGGAGAGUGCAGGAAUGCCAGCAGGUAAGAGCACGCCGUAUGUAAUGUCUUAUGUUCAACUACCUAUUCAACUGAUUGUCCUUUCUAAAAUCUGAAGAGGCUUUUCUUUUUAAAUAUGUGUGUGUGUGUUUUUUUUUUUAAUCAAAAAAAUAUAUUUUUUGUUUCUCACAUAGCCUGUAACAACCAAUGUGUUUUGUGUUCAUUCAAUGGAAUGCUAACUUGCCUUUGUUCGUCUAAUAAAUCAACUGAAAUGUAAUGAU